AUGUUCGAUCCACUAGACCUCUAUACCCCUCAGCAGAAUGUUUUUUGCGGAGGUGAAGCAGAGGUUGCAGUUGACAUACCGCGAGAAACUGUAAGCACCGAUGAUGUUGAUGAGGAGAGUAACGAGGACUCACUAAUUGAUGUACUAGAUUUGCCAUCGGCUCGUCAUGCACCAUCCAAAGCAAUCUUAUGCGUGCUGCUAUUGCUAAAACCUGACAAUCAAGUCAACUUUUGCAGUCAGCACAGUUCUGUUGAGGGUACACAAAUAGUAUCGAAUAUUUGUACCGAAAAAGGAAUAGAACCAUGUCUUUUGAAAACGCUAAUGGAAUUCUACAAGCUUUGGGGAAAUACUCGUUUGAAUUCAGAAAGCAGUAUUUGCUCAAAAAUUCCCUUACUCAAUGGAAUUUCUAAAGAGUUGAUGUUGAAUUAUUACACAACACUGUUGAAAUUUUAUCAAGAGUCUAGCGAAGAUGAUUUAUUAAAAGAAGAAAUAGUCAAACAGCUGACCAUGAGAAUUUCUGAAAGAUGUGGCCGGUCUGCACAGCCUGCGAUGUCAAGAAAGUUCACUUUCGAAAAACUGUCGAAAGUAAUAGAAAUUUUUGAACCAUCUCUAACAGCAGACAAUCUAGGUUGGAAAACAUGGGGAUCAUCAUUCAUUUUGUCUCAAAAACUGAUUGAAAGUAUUCACACGCAAAGACACGGUCUCAAAUUGAGGGUAUUGGAACUUGGUUCAGGUACUGGGCUAGCUGGAAUUUCUUGGCUCAGUAAAUGGAUUGAACUCAAUGAGGGUGAAGUAAUAGAAAUGUUUCUUACAGACUUGCCAGAAAUUGUCCCUAACCUUCAAAAAAAUGUUGAAGCGAAUGCUUUGGGUAGUUUGGCAACCGUGAGUAUUCUGGAUUGGACCAAUACAGAUAGUUUCGAGGAGAAGUUCACGAGUGAAAAAUUUGACGUCAUUAUUGUUUCUGAUCCAAUCUACUCCCCCAAUCACCCAAAGCUAGUUGUCGAUAUGCUUGUUAAAUUCCUUUGUGAUCAGGGUGUGUGCUACUUAGAAAUUCCCGUGAGAGAUAAAUACUCCAAGGAAAGAGAAACACUGUGGCAGCUUUUAGAAUUAAAUAAUCUAUCAGUGCGAAAUCAAACGUUGGAUCAAGGAAUGGAAGACUGGGGGAUGGUGAAAUAUUUAUAUCAAGAGAUCUACUGGUGA